GUCGGACGGCGAGCCUGCAGGUCGUCUGUCUCUAGGCUACAUGGAAAACGCUCUACUCUACAGGCGGGCGUAUGAGUUAAUUCCCCAAAAUCAAUAAGGCUAUAUGAAGCUGAUGGGCACCUGACCUGAACGAUUCCCCCCUACCAUAAAGCCAGUGUACUGACAUCACGGAGAUCUACUUGGAGAACAUCAUGGAGUACUCUAACAAUACAACUGAACCGCCAGGUGAAGAGCCUGCACCUACAUCUGGCCCUCAGGCUUGGAAGAAGCAGUGUAGGCGUCUGCUGGAAGACAUGGUUGAGUCUGAGGAUUCUAAGCCUUUCCGUCAGCCUGUGAACCAGGACUCAGUCUCUUACAAUGCGGAGGCUUUUGCCCCACCGAUGGAUUUUGGGACUGUGCGGCGUACACUGGAGCAGGAUGGAUACGAGAAUCCUAUCGAGCUUUGCAAAGAUGUUCAGCUAAUCUUUGUCUAUGCAAAAGCCUACUCGCCAAACAAACGCACAAAGAUGAACAGAAUAAGUGUACGUCUGUCUGCAUUGUUUGAGGAGCGCAUCAGAGCGAUCAUAUCUGAUUACAAGGUGUCGGUGAAGAGCAGGGAGACGCAGCGCGAUAGCCAGGCCCUCCACAAGAGGCAGCAGUGGCAGGAGCCUCUGACACCCAACCACGGAUCCACUAAAUGGGCUCUAUCGCCUGAGGAGAGAGUGCGGUCUAGCAGCUUCCCUAACUCUCUAAAAUCUACUCACAACACUGAGAAGAGACAAACCAAACGGGACGAUAUUGUCAUAAAUCUCUAUAACGUUCUGGAGAAUAUUGCAGGGAAAAUGGAUACCUACCUCACACAGAAUGCCACAAGCAAUGACUUGGAUGCUGAAGUGCCUGGAACAUCCUGUGGACAUGGCUUGCGUCAGCCCGAAACAGAGCCUGCGCCUGCGCCUGCCCCUGAGCCUUGGAAGAAGCAGUGUAGACGCCUGCUGGAUGAGAUAUUAGAGUCGGAGGACUCCAAGCCUUUCCGUCAGACUGCGAACCAGGACUCGGACACUGACCAUGACGUCUUUGACCCACCAGUGGAUUUCGUGACUGUACGGCGCACGCUAGAGGAAGAUGGAUACAAGAGUCCUAUUGAGCUUUGUAAAGAUGUUCAGCUGAUCUUUGGCUAUGCAAAGGCCUACUGCCCGAACAAACGUUCAAAGGUGUACAGAACGACUAUGCGUCUGUCAGAGCUCUUCGAGGAGCACAUCUGGAACAUCAUAUCCGACUACAGGACGGCGGCGAAACGCGGCGAGAAGCCGCACUGCAGCCAGACGCUCCACAAGAGGAGGCAGUGGCAGGAACGUCCCACAACCAGUCACAGAUCCACCAGCAACCAGACAAGUACUGCUCUGAAGGCUCAGGAAAAAGUGGCGGUGAAGUCUUCAACCAAAUCUGCCUCAGCCAAAGUGACUGCAGCGGAGAGGAAGUGCACGAGAACGUGCCGGCAACACGGACGACGCAGGUCCCCCACGUCCACGUCGUCAUCCGAUGAUGAGGAGCUGAUGACUUUGAUAUUAGAGAGUGAGACUGAAGUGAGUCUGAGCGACAGGGAUGACCCUUCACCUUUGUGUCGCGGACAUGUUCGGAGAGACAAACGUCGGUCUAGUCGGCCAACUUGGGUCAAAGUUGGCAACCGCUGGAGAAGGGAGAGCAAGAGUGAAGCGAGUCAGAGCGACUGGGAUCAUGAUAUUUCACCUUUGCGUCAACAACAUGUCUGGAGAGACAGGCCACGGUCCGGUCGACACAGUCGGACUCGGAUCCAAAUGGUUAAAAGUGAACAUGAAGAGAUAGCAAUUGGAGGGGAGAGGAAUGAGGCCAGUGUCCCGUCAUCAUGUCGGAACGGAGAGAGAAAAGGAGGGAGCCACCGACCAAUAAGGAAAUUUGUCUCUAAGGGACAACAUGAGUCUUCCAGAUGCACGUCUUGGAGACACAACAAGUGCAGAGAGCCUGCCGGAGAAGGGAAACACUCGUUCCGCCGAAAACUACGACUGAGGCCAUCAUCUAAGAAGUAUGUGGUCGGCGACGGCUACUCUGAAGGAGACGUGGAAGGUGGUCACUCGAGGAGUGGGAAAGGCUUGAUCGGUGACCAAAGGCAUGGAACCAAACAGAAACGCACCGUAGAUUCCGACUCAGACCAAAGACGCUGUGGCAAGAGACAAAAAGCACGGGACCUUUCCGAGACUGGGAGUGAUUGCGAAGAAUUCCACGCACGGAAAGCAAAGAAGGUUGCAUCAUGGAGAGGUUCCCCGGUGGAGCGCAAAGCGAGGAUGCUCUCUGAGAACGAGGAGGAGAGGAAGACUCGACUUGGCCAGAGGAGAAGCUUCAGGUCGCGGAAACAGAAACAGAAAUAUGUUUUCUCUAGCUUUGAGAGUGAUGAUGAGGAAGAGGAGGAGGAAGAGGAAGAUGAGUUAGAGGAAGAAAGGAGCAAGACUCGUCUGAAGGGAAAGCACAUGUCGCAGAAACUCAGUCAGAAAUGUGGCUCCUCCAGUCCUGAGGAGGAGGAGGAUGAAGAGGAAGUAGAAAAAGAGGAGGUGGAGGAGGAAGAGGAGGUGGAAGAGGAAGAGGAGGUGAGGAACAGGUCUCGACUUGUUCUGACAUUGCAGGAGUCGGAGAAAGAAGUGGAGGACAAGUAA